AUGUUUUACUCUAGAGAGCUCCUUGCUCGCAAAGCUUCUCUUGGCCAAAUAUGGUUGCUUGGGACUAAGCAGUCGAAGCUCGACCGAAGAAAGGCUAGCAAGCUCGACGUAGCUCAGCUCUGUGAAGAGAUUCUAUAUCCUCCGGUUCCUAUAGCUCUUCGACUCUCCAGCAUUCUCAUGGGUGGAGUUGUGAUUCUCUAUGAGAAAAAAGUGAUGCUCCUUCAUGAUGAUGCUAAUCGGCUUCUGGUUGAACUAAGAAAUGCAUGGAAGGCGAUGGACGAGCCAACUCUACUCCCCAAAAGAAGAACAAAAGCCGGGAGAAAAACCAUUACGCUGCCUGAAAAUGAAGACACUAAUGUUGGAGAACCUGAAGAUGAAGAAACCUCCAUGCGGUUUCAACAGAACAAUCUUAACAUGCGACUUGACCAAGUUGAUGAAUACUAUUUUACCAAUGAUCCCAUGGAGGAUAAUCUCACCCAUGACCACCAUCAAGCUGAUGAUAACGACAUCACCUUAUUCGAUUCAUUUCAGCCUAAUACACACAUUCAUGAUCAAUUUGAAAGAUUUGAAGGUGGUCAUGGGGAGACGCAACUGAACGUCAAUUUAGAAGAGUAUAUAGAGAUACCAACUACUCCCAUUCCUUCUCCAGCCCAGCAAGAUGGGCCUCAAAGAGAUGAAGAAACCCAAGAGCAGCAUCCAGAGAACCACUUGGAUCAACAACUUAAUAAAAACCAAGAAGCCAGAGACCAACAGAGGCCAGGGCCAGUAAGACGAAAAGCGAGAAAAGCCAAAGGAAUUACCAUAGAUGAGGAACAAAUUACACUUCCAAACCAUGUGUACCUAUCCUGGCUUCAUGACACUUCAGAUAUUGUAUCAAGACGAGGGAGGAAAAGGGGGCGCACAAAUAUCCUGUCUACUUUGAAGAUAGCUGAGCUCAUGGAGCUCCCAUCUACUGUACUAAUGGAUGAUACGUUUGCGAAAGGAGAUCAAGACAUCCCUUACCCAGCACCACUGUUGGAUCUCUGGAAGAAAGGCACUCAACCUCGCAAUGACUCACCCACUGUGAGGACCUCACAACCACGAGCACCCCAAUCAUCUCCUCCGGAUAGAGUACAGUAUGAUAAUCCAAUGGAUUAUCCUUUUGAAGAUCUUCACAGCGGAGUUGGUUCCCCUUCUCUUGCUGCUACCAUAGAGUUACAGCGAACGAGUGUGGUAAAUAAGGUGACGCCAUUGGAGACCAAUCAGUUUGUCACCCCUGGAAAUUCUGGAGAUGCAGCAAGAUACACCGGGAGCUCGGUAUCCGGAGAUGGAAUCCCCACAAAUAACUUAGAAGUAAAUAUUGGAAGGGUUGGGUCCAAGAAGAAUAUUGUGCCGUCGACUUCGAAGAACAGUACUGGCAGCCUUGACCCAGUGGUUGAAGUGUUUCAGGAAGCUGACAUUGACUACAAGUUAUCAAGUCCAGGACCAAAAGCCCUGACACCGGAUCAAGAAUUAUUGGUGGAAACCCAACUUACAAUGGAAGCUCCAGCGAAUGAUCCUCCUGACAUAAUGACUGAGAACAUCAGGAAGUAUAUGAAAGCACACUUUGAAACUCCAGGAGCUCCUCAAGUAGAAUCCCUGAACAACUUAGCAGCUGGACUGAAUCGAAAAGGAGCAGCUCAGCUCUUCUAUCAGACUUGUGUUCUUACUUCUCAAGGUUUCUUAAAAGUGAAACAAAGGGAGCCUUUUGGAGACAUUCUUAUCUCUAAAGGACCAAAGAUGUGACGCUACAAAAGGUAAGUUAACUGCUGGUUUCAAAAGGAAAAAGAUCAAUUAGUUAGUUGCUCCUCUCUUUUCUUUUCCAGUGAAACAUCGCUUUGAAUGUUAAUUUUCUUCUUUUAAUUGGCUUUAGAACCUU